UAGCACGCGCUCGCGGACCAGGGCCGGGCGGACUCGGGGACCGGCGGAGGACGCCGGCCGCGCCCGGCCCGAGGCUGCGGGAGCGGGGCGCUGGCGCGCAGGAUCAGGCGCGCUGAGGACCCCAGGCCGGGCUGGGCCAAGCACAGGCUGCCAUGGGCUCUGUCGGGAGCCAGCGCCUUGAGGAGCCCAGCGUGGUGGGCACACCAGACCGGGGCAUAGUGAUGAGCUUCAGCUUCGACAGUUACCAGCUGGAGGAGGCAGCAGAGGCGGCUCAGGGCCAGGGCCUUAGGGCCCGGGGUGUCCCAGCUUUCAUGGAUUCCGAGUCUUCGGCUUUAGCGUUGGAGGAGCCGGUGCCCGAUGACCGCUACCACGCCAUCUACUUUGCGAUGCUGCUGGCUGGUGUGGGCUUCCUGCUCCCGUACAACAGCUUCAUCACGGACGUGGACUAUCUGCAUCACAAGUACCCAGGGACCUCCAUCGUGUUUGACAUGAGCCUCACCUACAUCUUGGUGGCGCUGGCAGCUGUGCUACUGAACAACGUCCUGGUGGAGAGACUGACCCUGCACACCAGGAUCACCGCAGGCUACCUCUUAGCCUUGGGCCCUCUCCUUUUUAUCAGCAUCUGCGACGUGUGGCUGCAGCUCUUCUCUCGGGACCAGGCCUACGCCAUCAACCUGGCCGCUGUGGGCACUGUGGCCUUCGGCUGCACAGUGCAGCAAUCCAGCUUCUACGGGUACACGGGGAUGCUGCCCAAGCGGUACACACAGGGGGUCAUGACCGGGGAGAGCACGGCAGGCGUGAUGAUCUCUCUGAGCCGCAUCCUCACGAAGCUGCUGCUGCCCGACGAGCGCGCCAGCACGCUCAUCUUCUUCCUGGUGUCGGUGGCGCUGGAGAUGCUUUGCUUCCUGCUGCACCUGUUGGUGCGACGUAGCCGCUUCGUGCUCUUCUACACCACGCGGCCCCGCGACAACUGCCGGGGCAGGCCGGGCCUGGGCACGAGCUCCGGCUACCGCGUGCACCACGAUGUCGCCGCCGGGGAUGUCCACUUCGAGCACCCAGCCACAGCCCUGGCCCCCAGCGGGUCCCCAAAGGAUAGCCCAGCCCACGAGGUGACCAGCAGUGGCGGUGCCUACAUGCGCUUUGACGUGCCACGGCCGAGGGUCCAGCGCAGCUGGCCCACCUUCAGAGCCCUGCUGCUGCACCGCUACGUGGUGGCACGAGUGAUCUGGGCUGACAUGCUUUCUAUCGCCGUGACCUACUUCAUCACCCUAUGCCUGUUCCCCGGCCUCGAGUCUGAGAUCCGGCACUGCAUCCUGGGCGAGUGGCUGCCCAUCCUCAUCAUGGCUGUGUUCAACCUGUCAGAUUUCGUGGGCAAGAUCCUGGCAGCCCUGCCAGUGGACUGGCGGGGCACCCACCUGCUGGCCUGCUCCUGUCUGCGAGUGGUCUUCAUCCCUCUCUUCAUCCUGUGCGUCUACCCCAGCGGCACGCCCACCCUCCGCCACCCCGCCUGGCCCUGCAUCUUCUCGCUGCUCAUGGGCAUCAGCAACGGCUACUUCGGCAGCGUGCCCAUGAUCCUGGCGGCUGGCAAAGUGAGCCCCAAGCAGCGGGAGCUGGCAGGGAAUACCAUGACCGUGUCCUACAUGUCGGGGCUGACGCUGGGCUCCGCCGUGGCCUACUGCACCUACAGCCUCACCCGCGACGCCCACGGCAGCUGCCUCCACGCCUCCACUGCUAACAGCUCCGUCCUUGAAGGCCUCUGAGCCAGCCCCGCCUACUGCCAAGGACACUGAGGGCCUGACCAGGGGCCCCAAGGCAAGAGGGCCCCUCCCCCGUCCCCACCUCAGUGCCUGCGGGGCCCCUGAGCCUCCCCUGUGCCAGCAGCGCCACCCCCUCUGGGUCCAGCCAUCCCCCACCCUGAAGUUCUGCAGCGUCCUUCCAGGACCGGAACGUGUUUCUGCGACCCAGGGCUCUGCCCAGCACUGUGUUCUGUGUUUGGUCUCACACCUGCCUCUACCUUCCAUCUAUGUCCAGCGGCCCCAGCACCAGCCCAACCAGCACUCUGUGGGGUCGCAGGCACCACUGUCCCCACCCAGGACAGCAGACAGCCGCCCGUGUGCGCACCCCGUGACCGCCCUGAUCAGGGCACCGCCUGGCCUAGCCUCCACCAGGGACCCUUCUUCAUGAACCCUGGGGCCCUGAGGAGAGGGGCAGCCCCCCGCCUUGGCACCCUCAGGCUUCCCCCGUCCUUCCUCCCUCUUAGAGACUGCUUCUCUCAAAAAACACGUUAGCCAUGAAGAAAUAGGAGCUCCAAAUGGACCUGCCUGCGGUCUGCGUCAUCCUCUCGGGAACCACAGUGGUGCUGCCAGCCGAGCAUGUCAGGAUCUCCCCACAUACCCACACGAUGCCACAGGCCAGGGGGCUGUACCUGACUAGGGAACCCCCCAUUGCCUCUCUGGCCUGUGAUAAGAGGAGAUAGCUGUUUGGGGUCUGUGAAGCAGGGUCCCCACACCCUGGCUGGAGUCAGCUUGACCUAGGUAUUGACCCUCAUCUGGCAAGGGACCCAACAGACCAAAGGUGCUUAGCAACUAGGGAGGGGCUGGGGGUCACUCCAGCCUGGGUCCCCUGGAAUGCCAGGCCCUUGUCGGGGGAUUCCAAGGGUGUCCUUCCAGAGACCUUCCAGGGGGAGGAUGGCCCACGCUUCCAGACCACCCUGCUGUGUCCCGUCACCCGUCUGUCCACUAACUGUACCGCACUGGCCAUUAAAAGAUGAAGGCAGACUGCUGCACCAA